AGGCAGCCAAACGCACAAUGACCUCCUCCUAAUGAUUUUCUUCCGAGGUUGCUGUACUACCGACUCCUCCUCACACAAACACAUACAGAGAGACCCAGCAAGACAGCCUGUUUCUCUGCCAGUGAGGGGCUUGUCUUCACGCUUUGCCACGUCAAAGUGACGGAUGUGGAAGGUGGAUCCGGGGGGCGGAGGAGGUGUUGGAAAAAAAAGACGAGGCAGACUCAAGUUAUGUGCACUUUUUGCUGUUAAAGGGAAGAUAAUCUACACUGAGAAUAGAUUAUAAGAGAAAGAGAUCACCACACUGUUCAUGACCAUGGAUGUCAGCAGAAUUGUUGAGAAACUGGCAGAAGCAGGCCAGUCCCAUCUGUUGCAGUUCUGGAAUGAGCUCACCGAAGAAGAACAAGCUGAAAUGACGCUAGACCUUGAAACCAUGGACUUCAUUGAGAUCAAUGGCUUCUUUCAAAAUGCCAUGAAGGUGUCUGGCCACACCAAGCAGGCAAAGGUGGAUGAGAGGAUGGAGGCUGUCCCCAGGGAGGUCUUGGGUAGUGUUACUCGGGACAGAGACAAGCUGAAGCUGUGGGAAGCUGAAGGGCUUAAAUGCAUUUCCCAGAACAAAGUGGCUGUUCUUCUUCUGGCCGGUGGUCAGGGCACCAGACUUGGAGUCUCAUACCCUAAAGGAAUGUAUGAUGUAGGCUUGCCAUCGCACAAAACUCUCUUUCAGAUCCAAGCGGAGCGCAUUAUAAAACUGCAGCAGCUAGCUGAGGAGCAAUUUAAGACAAAAUGCAACAUACCAUGGUAUAUUAUGACCAGUGGUCGAACAAUGGAUUCUACCAAAGAGUUUUUCGCUCGGCACAAUUUCUUUGGCCUAAAAAAGGAAAAUGUAGUCUUCUUCCAACAAGGAAUGUUGCCAGCCAUGGACUACAAUGGGAAGAUCAUCCUUGAGGGAAAAGGCAAACUUUCCAUGGCACCAGAUGGAAAUGGUGGACUUUAUCGAGCACUGGGAGCACAGAAGAUAGUAGAUGAUAUGGAACAGAGAGGGAUUGCAUAUAUUCAUGUGUACUGUGUGGAUAAUAUCCUAGUCAAAGUUGCAGAUCCAGUUUUCAUUGGUUUCUGUGCGCAAAAAGGGGCUGAUUGUGGAGCCAAGGUAGUGGAGAAGACGAACCCCACUGAGCCCGUUGGAGUGGUCUGCAAGGUGGACGGGUGCUACCAAGUGGUGGAGUACAGCGAGAUCACCUUGGCGACAGCGGAGAAACGCAGCUCGGACGGCCGGUUGAUGUUCAGUGCUGGCAACGUGGCCAAUCACAUCUUCGCCCUGCCAUUCCUCAAAGAUAUAGUCAACAUUUAUGAACCUCAGUUGCAGCACCAUGUGGCACAGAAGAAAAUCCCGUAUGUGGACACGCAAGGACGGUUAAUCAAACCAGACAAACCAAAUGGGAUUAAAAUGGAAAAAUUUGUCUUUGACAUCUUUCAGUUUGCCAAAACCUUUGUUGUGUAUGAGGUCCUGAGGGAGGAUGAAUUUUCACCCCUGAAGAAUGCAGACAGUCAGGAUGGGAAGGACAACCCUACUACAGCACGCCAUGCCCUGAUGUCCCUGCAUCACCGCUGGGUCCUGACCGCUGGAGGACACUUCAUAGACGAGAAUGGCACCAGAAUCCCUGCAAUCCCAAGAAAUGGACCUGCAGGAAGUGUCACAGCCGAUGUCACUCAGAACUUAAAGGAUGUAACAGACCUGCCAAUCAAGUGUGAAAUAUCUCCACUGGUCUCUUAUGGAGGAGAGGGAAUGGAAAAAUUCAUACAAGGCCGUGAAUUUUGCUCCCCUUUACUAAUUGAUGAAACUGGAAUCCAUGAGCUGGUGAAAAAUGGAAUUUGAUGGCUCAGAAGGAAAAACAAUCUGUUUUCAUCACCUCUUUGCUUUUGGGUUAGGGAAAAAGAAAACUGUGAAGCUCUUGUGCAAUAAAAUGAAUGAAGAAAGUCUAGCCUGGCUAUAUGAAAGAUACAACUUAAAGAUCAAGUUAUUUAUUUUCAUAAGACCUAUUUUUUUAUUGAUGUAACAUGGGCAAAAUUAGAUGCUCUUGAGUUUUAAUUUGUAGUUUGUAUAUAAACGUUAGACUUAAUAUGUCUAGUUUUAAUUUUAUAAAUUUUUAAUGUUGGAGAUAUUUAAUAAUGGUACUUUUGAAGGGCUUUUAUGGUACCUGGUAAAAUAUCCUUGUGAAUUGUUUUUUUUUUCUUUACUUAUAAAUUAUCUGUGUACAAUACUAUGUCAGAGAGAGUUUCAUGUCUUUUCAUUCCUGUUGCACAAGUACAAAGCUACUACAUAGGCUCACUGUUGGAGAGUUUUAUUAAAAUUAAUGGGGAAAAGGAAAUAUUCAUUUUCUUUAAAUGUUUUAUGAUUUACAUUGUCAGCUGCUCAGCAGCUUCAAAGGUCCAGGCAAACUAAAAUGAAACUUCGUGCAAGCAGUCUUAAGUUAGUUUAUAAUAAGUCCAGGUAAACUAUAACAGCCUAUUAAGAAAUAACAAAUGGGACUUAAAAACACAGCUUGAAUUACAGCAGCCUGCUUGUCCAGUUUAGAUCCAUGAUAUGGAUUUUCUUAUUUGUGUUCUUUAAAAUUUGUCUUUGAAAAGCUGUUUCAUUAAAAUCUUUUUUUCUUAUA